UAAUGGGUUGCGCACAAAGCCAGAAGGUUGAUAUACCUAUAGUUGCUAUCUCUUAUAUAAGAGGACCAAAUAAUACGAUGAGAAGAGUUUCUCAAGUUUUGAAUCAUACUAAUAGUAAAGCCAAAAGAAAACCUCAGAUUAACCCCAUCCCAAAGGAGCCAAACUGGGAUGAGAAGAGUGAUGAUGAGUUUUUAUGCAUGAUUUGCCUAGAGACAAAGGAAAAGUCUCUAGUUACUAACUGCUGUAAGAAUAUUAUCUGUGCUGACUGCUCUAAAAGACUCGGAGGAAAAUGUCCAUUAAGAUGUAAGAAACUUUCUACUUUAUCCAGGACAAGUAAAGCGUUAAAUGAGAGAAUUCAGAAAAUAUAUUCCCUCUGUGAAGUAUGUCUUGCAAAGGUACAUCCAUGGGAUGUGGAUGACCAUAAUGAAACCUGAUUAGAUGGAAUCAUUGAAGAUCCAUCUCUCGUAUUUUGAGAUCAUGAAUGGAAACUUAUCAGAAACAAACAAAAUUUCUUUUGGGUUUGCCACGCAAGGACAGAUAAUAGUGAAAUCCAUAAUGAUUCAAGAGGCAAGCUUUCCUAUGAAUGAAAGAAGUGACAUUCAAUGUUAUGCAUGCUCUGUAGAUCAAAUGAUGAGUUUAAACAGCUCGAAUCUGCUAAAGGACUGGUUUACUAAGAUCAUUUUGAUAUAAAUAACCAGUCAAAUGAAAUCCGAAGAUCAAACUCCAAAUAUAUUAUGAUAUGCUUGACCAAUUAUAAAACCUUGAGAGUGGCCAAACGAAUCCAAGAUUUGGGUGAUCUUGAAUUUCAGAAGGAACUUGUUCGUUCUGAUGUUUAUUAGAAGACAGACUCUAAAAGAUCUUUUAGCUGUUUGAUCACAAAGGCCAAAGGAUAUUGGAAAAAUUCAAGUAGAAGUCUAAGAUCAUUGAGUUUAUUGGCUCAAUCAUCUCUCUAUCUUUUUCCUUCCUUCUAAUCCUUUCUGAUACUUUUAAUGGCCAGA